AUGGCGUUUUUGCAGAUUUGCCGUCGACAUCGGCCAGUCUUUGGUGCAGGUUAUUCCUUGGAGCGUUUAUUGACAGGAAGAAGUUCCUUCAGCUCCUGUUUUUUACUACAUCACAACGUAGAGUUUGCGCCCACGUGUUUAGGUAAGAAUUCUGUAGACUAGAAUAUUCUUGUGUUUCAACCCUCACGUGUUGGCAGCUUGGUUGUGCAUUACAUUACUACUACUGACUAGUUUGUGCCAAUCGAAGCAAUGUGAAUUAAACGAUUACGAAAUGGAGAUUCUCGUGGAGCUAAGCAAAUUGAUUUUGUAUCACAGCAGAAUUUAAUCAGAAUAUGCAUAAUAUCGUGUCAUUCACACGUGUUAGUUCGAUCGUGACAUGUACACCACUUACUUUGCAAUUACGUUAUGAUUACAUGUAUGUCUUUUUGAAUGCGAAGAUUUACUUCUGUCUCCGGGUUUAAUUUUAGUGUGAAGUGGUUGUAAUUCAUAACUUCAUUGGUUUGUUAUUACAUGAAUUUAAAUAGCACUUUUGUUAAUAAUGUGCUGGCUAACGAUAAUAUCGGCAUUUAAACCAACUACGCAUACAUUAUUGUACAUCUCUAACCACAGUGUCCUAUAGAGGUCCUAAGUUCCUCAAGUGCAAAAUACAUUAAUCAAUAUGGAUAUCUGUACUUGUAUGAUGUGGUAUUAUGUUUGGUACAUUUUAACCUUUCUCUGUCUAAUGUUGUUAAAUGCAGCUAAGAGGAACUUGAAGAAAACCUUGUUAGGGCCAAGGUCAAGUAAUCAGCUGCUUACUUGCCUGUUUACUACUCAAGCAUAUCCUCUUCAACAACAAAAUGCCAUCCAGGUUACAAAUUAUGAGUCUUCGACUGACAACGAGCCAACACACACAAAGAAGAAAAUUAAAGCCACAGGAAAUAACACAAAGAAAAAGAAUGUGAAGAAAAGUGAGGCAGUAAAAAUAGUGAAUGACACUGUGAAAUCAAAUGGAGAUGAGAACAUUAUCAAAGAAAUCAGUAAUGAAGUGAAAAAUCAGCUGAGUUCAGCUUCAAAAUUAACAUUACCUGUAAUGAAGAAAAUUAAGGGAAUAGAGAGUAGCAAAGCAAAAUCAAGAAGACAAAGCACUGAUAUUGUUUGGCCAAAUGUGAGUAAAGAUGACUUUAACACUAAAAAGAAAGUGGAUCAAGUGUCGGUUACAAAUAGAAAAGGACAGCUCAGUGGAACAAACAAUACAAAAGCAAAGAAGAAAUCUGAUCCAUCAAAAAAAAUUAUGGAAACAACAACCUCUCCAGUGAGUGGUGUAAUUAAUGAUAAUGAAACUCACUCUUUAGAUUAUAGUCCAGAGGUUGUUUUAAUUGAAGCAGAGGAACAUUUCCAUGAACAAAGUAAAUUUGAGGACAUUGACGGCAGCGUUGAUCAGCAUGUAUGCAAUGUGGAAGUACAAGGGGAUGUGGCAAAACCUCUCUGUGGAAAUGCACCUGGAGAAUAUUUUGAAGGACCUGCAAAAUACAAAGACGGAACUCCAGGAGGAAGAUUGUUCAAAGAGGAGACUUUGGCUGAAAUGGAUGCAUACCUUUACCUUGGAAAAGUAAGUUGUCAACCAGAGUUUGAAUUUGUAAUUCUUCUUGAUGGAGACUCAGGGAUCUGACAGUUACUUUGCUUGGCACCUGAGUUUGGAAGGAGUGGGUCAACAUCAUGUUUUCAUGUCAUGGUUUAGUAUUUGUGGGAAAGAUUCUUUAGUCCUACGGUUUACUCCUAACUGGAGUAAACCCAUACAGUGUUGGCCUUCGAGCUUGAGAGUAGACUUGACUAACUGUCACUACUUUUAGACCACUCACCCUCUGAUACUGCUUGCCCUCUGUUUUAACCAAGGGUGUCCCAUUCUAAUUUUAAUCAACAUUCUGUUUCAUUUGAGAACAGUUAGAAACAUUAUGUACUGUGUGUAAAAAUCAAUUUUUCAUGUGGUUUGUUGAAUAACAAAGGACACAAACCUGAUGUGGGAUCAUAUACUGCAAUUAUACUACAUGUGUAUUUCCAAUCAGAUCCAUAAUUUCAAAAUUGUGGCUACUGUUUUAGUGGAAUUAAAAAUUGUACUGUCUGUAUAUGUUUUCAAAUUGACUGGUUGGUCAGCUAGAAUUAAUGUGUCGAAGGGGGCCUUAAAAUGUGCAUACUGAUCAUUCCUAAACGUCGAUUUGAGGUAAGAUGAAAUAUAUCACAGCAAACUACACAAUCUACAUAGCGGUAUAUCAUUUUUUUUUUGGCAUAAAAUGUUUUGAAGGUUUCAAUAUACUUGGAUGUACUGAUCAGUGCCCUUUUCACUCCCUAGCCUAAGGAAGCAGAAAAGUUGUUCAACAGAUAUUUGCGAAUGGGUAAACGGUUUGAAGUUGACACUUUCAACAAAUUGCUUCAUGGUUGGGCUCAGAAAGGCAACAUCAUGAGCAUCAAGUUUUUGUGGAAUUUAUUGAACACUGAAGGACUAGAACCUGACAUGGGAACAUAUGCUGCAUUGCUACAUGGCUAUGGAAAAUAUGGCAAUAAAGAAGGAGUGCAAACAAUUCUUGAUGAAAUGAAACAAAAGGUUAGCAAAUGAAUACAACUUGUACUUACAUGUACAUGUGUCUUCAGUCAAACAGUGCAAUACCUGAAUAUGAAAGUGAUCUUCGCAUUAGCAGUAGUAAAAAUAAGGCCUUAAGAAAAACUUCAGGCCUGUAUGGGAUAAAUUUUUUUGGCUUUUAUUUUUACAAUUACUGUUUAUAAGUAGUGUUCAUAACUGCAAAGAUCACUUUCAUCUUCAUUUCUUAAAAACCACAGUUCACAUAUAUGAUUUCAUGUAUUCACAUUUGUUAGUACAAUACCUGUGCAUUAUUUUUUAUAGGUGUUAGCCUAUUAACUCACAUGAAUUACCAAGACAGAAUUUCUUUGCAACAAUGAUACAAUAUCAAACAGACAUGUGAUGAGAAUAGAGAAAAAUAUCAGUGAGAGGAUUAUCAAUUGAUCCAAUACCAAAAUCUGUGAAGUAACAACAUGAGAUCUUGGAAAUGGAAGGGUUAAUAGCACUGUUCACUUGCAUGUACAUUUGUAGGAAUUUGGUCAUGACAAUUCUAUAAUACUUAUGUAAAUUUGAAAAGGAAGAUUGCAAUUUGGCACCUAAUUCCCAUCCAGUUUUUUUUAUUUAUUUAUUUAUUUAUUUUGUUGGAUUGAAGAUACAUGGAAAAUUUUUGAAUCGUUUUACUUUCCAGGGUUUUUUUGUGCAGGAACUUCUGUGGAAUUAGGAUUACUCAAAACAUCUGUAAAAAUUAGUACUUACCAAAUACUUGUGCUGCUUUUGGAGGGUUCAAGAGGUUGUUUCUACAUAAUGUUAUGUUAUUUGUGUUUCUCUGCUUUUAAACACCAAUUUCAAUUAUGAUAGAUGACAACAAAAGCUGGGCUGUGGGUUUGAUUGCUUGGGAUUGAUUUAUUACUAGCAUUUGUGACUUAGAUACUUUGUGUUGUCCACAGGAAUUUGAUGUCAACAAUAUAUUCAUAAAAUGCUGCCUGACAGAACCUCAGGCCAAGGGAGUUUCUAAUGCAAUAAAACUUGUGGAUCCUCACUUCCAACCAGUUGUUAAGGAAGCACAUAAUCAGAUCAGAUACCCAUCUCUGUUAAAAUUGUGGUAUUCUGACAGGGACAACUUGGAUAUUAAACUGAAAAGUGUCCCUGGUAAACUUGAAAGAGAACUAGAUGAAUCCAGACUUCAAGAGCUCUUUGAGGAACAAAUAUCGAGGGAACUUUCAGGAUUCACACCAAUCAUGUCAAUUGAAGAUAACAAGGAACAGAAUACAGAAAACCAGAGGCUGAAGGAAAUGUUCUUGGACUGUCGUAGCAAGUGGAAGGAAGCCCUCAUCAAGACCUUUGACAAUGAAAUGUACAAAACCAGAUACUCAAGAGGUGUGAGGAUUUUAACAUCCAUUCAAUAUUUUUUUGUUCGCUGUUCUGUGAUAUACAAUUUUCUAAACUUACAUCCCACGUGAUGAACUUAUUCCUACAAGAGCUAAUUCAUGUGUAGAGAGCAUUUUGCAGUUGUUGGAGAUGAAGAGAAAUACUUGUUCAUUUGUAAAGUUGCUCUGCAAAGCCAAUAUCCAUUUUCAUCCAUACUGUUAGCUGUUUUCAAACAUUUGGUUUCAUAUGCUGGGAAAAUAUUUAAAGGGCAAUCAUCACAACCGCCUUCAUUUAGCUUGAAAUUUAUCCCAGAAAUCUAUCCCUGACCAAUGUCUGUUGCAGGAAGCUCACAGUGUUCCUUGAGGUUCACCCACAGAAAACUGUUUGCAUCUCAAAACGUGCAAUGUCCACAUGCCAUACAUAUAUUUAGAAGAGAGCAUACAUGUACUUUCAGGCAGUUGUUUGUAAACUAUUUAGCUAAAUUAUUAUAUUUCAUGCUUUUUUUGCGAUCAAAUUAUAAUUAUGUGAGACUUACGUACUGCUCUAUAGCUGCUGACUUAAUCAACACAAUCUUCUUUCCUCCCCCUUCUACUCUAUACUGAGAUGAGAAAAGCUAAAACUGAUCCAUCUUACUCUUAUCCCUUUACACCCAAACAUCAGUAUGCAUAUUCUCCUUACUGGUUUUUAUGCAUUUCCUAAGGUGUUGACAAGGAGAAUUUGUUUAACAAUCAAGAGCUUUAUAGUUAGUGAUCAUAUCCUUUAUUCUUGCAACCUUAAUGUUUGAUUUGGGGGUGAUAUUGUACUGAAAGAUUAAAAUACAUUGUACCAGGCACUAUUAAGAGUCAAAGGAUUGAAAGUUUACUGAGUCCUUUAAUUGGUAUUCAGUGUUGAAAUUUGAUGACUUAUGAUCAAAUUUAACCCUUUAACUCCCAAGACUCCUCACUGCCUGCUAAUUGAUUCUCAUUAUGUUACUUUGGAGAAUUUGGUAUUGGAUCACUUAGUAAUCCCAUAAGUGACAUUUUUCUUUCUUCUCGUCACUUGUCUGCAUGAUAUUGUAUAGAUGUAGUAAGGAGAAAGUCUGUCUUGAUCACUCACGGGAGUUAAAGGGUUAAGUAUUUACUCUAGCAUUCUAGGUACUUGUACAUACUUGUAGACAAUUGUUUUGAACAAGAUUUAUUAUUUUUCCACAGGAAAUCGCAUACCUCCAAAGCAUGCUUCGUUCUUCCAAGUCUUUGAACCUGAUGAGCUUGCAGACAUCAUUUUGGACACCAUUGUGUUUUAUGUCAAAGGGCGCAUUGAAGGGGUGCCUUUGUAUGGUAUCAGUGGAGAAUUAGGUUCAGUGCUCAAUACAAAAUACAUUGUGAAACACAGAGUGCAGUCAGGGAUGUUAGACAAGGUACAUUGAACUGAUUUACUUAGUAUGUCAGGGUAGUGGCCAGCCUAUGGACCUCUAAGCCCAGGCCUAAAAUUUUUUACCUCCUUCUUAACUUUUAGAAUACGAGUCUUGCAAAGUUUGAAACAAAAAUUGAACUUUCUUAGGGUACAGGCCUACGUGUGCAACAAGGGGAGAAGCUGGCUAUGCCCCUGUAUGAGUUAAUCAUACUUACAAUACUCAAUCAAAUAUGAGAGUUCAAGCCCUCUAGCAAAAUACAGUUAAUCAUUAUUUUGUUUAUGAUUCCCAAGCUGUUAUGCAGAAUUCCCUGGUCAAAUUUUGAUGCCUUAGCUUUUUUUUUCAGAUUUCAGAGUAGACCCAUAAUAGCAUGGAAUCUACAGUGUAUUUGUUAGGAAGCACUUUCUCCUAUUUCUUGACACCAUUCUCUCGCUUCUAAAUUCCGUGAUAAUCAGUACUAAAUAAUUGCAAAAAAUAAGGGGAUUUUGAAAACAAGAAGUGUUUUGUUUUGUCUGGUGAAGUUUUCAAGGGAAGCUGAGUAGCAUGGAAUGUUUAGGUUUUUUUUAAUGUGCUAUUUUAAUCUUUCAGAUGAAAGCCAUAUAUCUUGACUAUUUCUCAUAUUUAAUGGAUGAAAAAGUUAUGGCAACAAAGAUGGCACGUGAGUUUUGGGAUGAGAUGGAUGAUAUGUUACCACUUGGAGGAUCAUUGGAACAGGAUGUUCCAAACUGGCCUUGGGCAGCAAAAGUUGUGGUAUGUACAUGAAACACAAUUCUUUAAUUCUUUGAUUCAGAUCAGUGUUUCUAAACACUGACGGCAUUAUUAUCAAAAGUAACUACGUUUAGGAGUAGCUGAACACUCUAUCAUUGGAGAGUUUCCCUACAAUGAAUUUCAGUCAGUGGUAAAAGUAUCCUCUGGCUGGUCAGUGAGAUGCAUUCCUUGACAAAGUCCUUUGAUUUAAGGAGUUCUUGUUCAAACUCAACCCUUUAACUCCCAAGAUUCCAUUAGUAGUUCUCCUUAGUUAGUGUCUGCCAUACAGUUCUCAUGAUGUUUGUUUGGAGAAUUUGGUAUUGGAUCAACUUAUAUUCCCUUAAUUUAUAUUUUUCUUUAUUCUCAUCACUUGUCUGCUUGAUAUUGUAUUGAUAUUGUGAGGAGAAAUUCUGUCUUGGUCACUCAUGGGAGUUAAAGGGUUUAAGUGCCUCCUUCCCCACUUUGAACCUGAAUGGCAAAUAACCCUUUACACCUUAACAUCAUUGUCCAUUUUCUCCAUACUCUACUCUAUACAUUUCCUUUGGUACUGACAAGGAGAAUUUGUUGAACAAUCAAAGCUUUGUAGGCUGGGAAUCAUUUCCUGUAUUCUCAUGAUCUUAAUGAAUGCUUCAGCAGUAUACUGUAAAGAGAAAUUAGAUGCUAGGGACUCUUAGGGUUGAGUAUUAGAUGCUAUUUUCUAAGUUAUUAUGAAGUGUUUUGCUGAUCUAUGAUAUAUUAUUGACACCAUCAAAUAUUGCAUACUUCUUCAGUUUGGCUGUUCACUGGUAGAAUGCUUCCUCAAGACAGCGCAAAUCAAUGUAAAUCUCUUCAACAAUGGUCCUGAGAAGAUGCUUCCAGCUUUUUAUCACACGUAUGAAUUUAAAAUGGACAAGAGGUAUGGAGUGUUGAAACCUCAUCCAAUAGUUUGCAAAUUGUUCAAGGGGUACCUGGCAAAGCAAGGGGAGAUUUCCAUGGAAACAACCUCAGUGCCAAUGUUGGUGCCACCUCGGCCUUGGCGUGCUACUAAGGAUGGGGCUUACCUCAUUUUACCAGGUUUGAAAAAUAUUUGAGAUAUUCCUAAAAAUUAUGAUUUUAUCAAUUCAUUCAUCAAAAAAAUGCCAUGUUAGGGACUCUUAUGACCAUCCCUUUUAAGUACAUCGAAAACAUUUUAGAUAAGUAGAUAUUCAGAUAUAUAGGUGGAGCAUAUCGUGACAUCCCGAUUAACGGCUGCGGAGGAGGCUAUCCAUUGAUCAGUCUAAGUCUGUCUCAGUCUCCUUCACAACCGUUGUUUGGUCUCGUCACGCAACCGCUCUCUUUCACACCUGGAAGAGAACGCGUUGCGUGACAAGACUAAACAACGGCUGUGAAGGAGACAAAGUCAGUCCUUUCCCAAAGUUGAUUUGUCUGUUUGAGGAUAAUGAUAAAAAAACCAAUCAUUCGUUGUGUUUUUUUCACAGUUGAGCUCAUUCGCAGCACCGGCGAUGAAGAUGGUCAAUAUGACAAACUUCUGGAAGAAAAGACAAACAAAGAGGAUUUGGUGGCCAUAUUUGACUCGCUGAAUUUUCUUGGAGGAUGUGCAUGGAGAACAAACAAACGAAUCUUAGAUCUUGCCAUCCACAUGUUCAACAACGGCGGAAAUGAGGACUUAGCAGUACCAGGGCCUGUUAUUCAACCGGAAGUGGAUUCCAUAUCAUCCAAGUGAGUGUUGGUUCAUGGCCAGGUUGUUCAAAAUGCGGUCGAGUUAACCUUGGCUUAGAGUAAAUUUAAGUUUGGUUUGUAGAUUUUGGUUAACUUUGAAGAAAAGGUUACUGUUGACAUGGUUUUUAACUUUCUUCAGUUUUUUCAGCAAUGAAACCUUGAAAAAUUUUAGUAAAAAUAGACCCUUUUGUGCAAGAGUCGCGUACAUAAUGCGAUAAUCUCUCUAGAGAGUCAAUUAUUUCCAGCUGUUGAUGUUGAAUUAAAUAUAUAAAAUACCGUAAACUGGUUUCCUGAUUUUGAAAAAGUAUUAAAAAACGAAACUCUUAUUUAUGUUCUGUUAGAGGCUUUCAUCAUUUCCUUUCAUUUCACUCUUUGUUGGGUGAAAUGUUUAAUUGCAGGUUGGAUGAACUUUUGUCUAUGUGGAACCAUACUAGAAAUUUUCAUUGAAUUAUGAGAUAUUUUUACAUAGGUUUUAUUAAUUCAAUACAUCGUACCUCUCACAGUCUGUAUCAUUCAUUCCUCAGGACAGACGAUUUACAAGAGAAAAACAAAUUGGUACGUGAGAGGAGAUUAGCUAAGAAGGUGGCUCGUGAACAAUAUUCUCUGCGCAUGUCCGCGCUGUAUAAACUUUCUGUCGCAAAUCAUUUUCGUGAUCACGUGUUCUGGCUGCCAAUCAAUCUGGACUUUCGAGGAAGAGUGUAUCCCAUUCCCCCACAUUGUGCGCAUGUCGGUGAGUACUUAUUCUGCUUUUGUACGUUACGAAAAACAUUUGGGUCAUUUUCUGCAUCACACACUCUACUUGUGGGUUCGAAACGCAUCAGGUUUCACUCGUCCAUUGGAAAAGUACCUUUAACCCUUAAAUCUAAGACUGACUAGCUUCUAAUUUCUGCUUACCAUAUCAUCCCUGAGUCAAACCAUUUGACGAAGCUGUUGAAUGUUUCACAAAUUCUCCUUUUUAGCACCUUAGGAAAUGUAUAAAGAAUAGUAUGGAGAAUAUGAUUACUGAUGUAAGGUGUAAAGGUUAAACCGAAUAAGAUAGACGGUGAAUUUUUUCCUCCGCAUCAAUAAUUUCGAACAAUCCCUGUGUCUGGUAUCAAGGCUUUGAUACCAGAUUUUUUUGAUACGAUUAUUUUUCUUCUUAUCAUUUCGUUUGUGGGCGUUUUCCUUCUUAACCUUAAUUUUAUUAACUUUGUCUCUGUUAAGGGGAUGACUUAAGCAGAGGAAUGCUUCAGUUCGCUAAAGGAGUUCCUCUGGGAGAGAAGGGCCUGGACUGGCUCAAAAUACAUUUAGUGACGUUGCACGGUGCCAAGAAGAAAUCUUCUUUGCAAGAACGUUUGGAUUACGCCAAUGAGAUCAUGGAUGAUAUAGUGGAUUCUGCUGAAAACCCUCUGAUGGUAAAUACACCAAGAGCAGAGAAGAAUUCUGAUUGGUUAUCGAGGGUGAAAGUUAACCUAUCAGCUGUAGCGGACGUUGAUCAAGAAGCUGUCGUCUCGAAAUUCAAUGAGCUUUUGGGAUCUGAUAGCAAAUUCUCUACAAUUUUAAGUGAUGUAUAUUUUCCUGCAAAAUUACAAUGAGAGCGAAUUUCAAUAAGUGCUCGUAAUAAUCCAGGAUUACAUUGGUUUUGUUUUAUUUUUACUUUUGCUUAUUGUUUGGUUCUAUGAAAGCCGAGAAGAACUUAGAGGGUUCUCUCCACUUUAGCGAGGGUUGACACUGAUGUUCAGAUAAGGCAUUUUUUCAUAUCUGUGCCCUUGGUGGUAACGUUCCUUUCCCGUUACAGGGUCGAGGCUGGUGGAAGACAGCUGACGAUCCGUGGCAAACGCUGGCCACUUGCAUGGAGAUCGUAGACGCUAUGCGGUCCCCAGACCCCGCGCAGUACAUUUCCCAUCAGCCAGUGCACCAGGAUGGUUCGUGCAAUGGUUUGCAGCACUACGCUGCCCUGGGCCAUGAUAGUUAUGGCGCAAAGCAAGUCAAUCUGAUGCCUGCUGAUCGACCUCAAGAUGUUUACGAGGAGGUAUUUUAAAACAAACCGUUCUUUCGCCAACUAAGAUUGUUUUAAACCUUUCACUCCGUAGAUCUCAUAAGUAAUUCUCCUUACUGUCUGCUAUAAAAUUCUCGUGAUGUUACUUCGGAGAAUUUGGUAUUGGAUGAACUAAUAACCCCAUAAGUGAUAUUUUUGUCUCUAUUCUCAUUACUUGUGCGUAGAAAUUCCGUCCAGAUGUCAUGGGAGUAAAAUGGUUAAAACUACCUUUAACAUUAAUCGCGUUAAGUCUUAACAGAAGCUUGUAAAUAAUAUGUGAAGGUAGUAAUGUGUCUGUGGAUGGACAUUAGGGACGGCAACGCCAGAAAAGUCCAUUCAAAAAUGAAUUUAAAUUUAUAGUUCGAAUUUCGUAAAUGGCUGACUGUGUUUACCGUCUCUAACGGCGCCACACCUCAACUUCAGUUUAACGUAUGUGAACAGCGUUGAAAUCCAUUUAGAAACUUAAAUAAUUUGCCGUUUGGCUUACCGUACACAGAGCACGGAAACUGUGUUGAUUUCUUGUUGUUGUAGUAACGAGGACGGCUUAGAAAUGUACAAAAUUCUAAAGCACACCUACUUAGCUAUUGUUCUACUCAUUUGAUCUUUUGUAUCGCCACGUUUUCCUUUCCAUUGCCGUCUUGGGUUGCUUAAGGUGCGUACUCACUGAGCCUCGCAUUAAGGCUGUUAGCAUAUUACGGUGAGCGCUCGCCAAUAACCAAUUUGGCCAGGUUGUUUUUCCGAACUUAGCGUCAUUUUAAGUUCAAUUUUUUUUUUCAUUCUCGUUUUAAAUGGUUCCUCUCAAGGUUCUCUAGAUUCUCUCUCUUAGACUCUUCCUAUGACUGGUCAUACACUGUGGUUUUCUUCUUGGGCACUCCAUAUAAAUUGUUCAUUUCAACUUAAAUUGAAGCAUUGGUUUGUGAGUUUAGGAACUUGAUAUGUGUAGAACAGACUAAAUGCCCUAAACUGCACAACAUGUGUUCUAUUACUUGUUUUCUCUCCUGUAGGUAGCAAAACUUGUCGAAGCAACUCGAGCACGUGACGCUGCCGACGGUAACGAAAUUGCUAAGGACCUGGAAGGAAAAGUCACGCGCAAAGUGGUUAAACAAACAGUGAUGACUAUCGUUUACGGCGUCACUUUCGUCGGCGGCCGACUACAGAUCGAGAGACAAUUGCGAGACUUAGAUAUGGACCCGAAGCUGGUUUUUAAAUGUUCUCAUUACCUGGUGAACAAGGUUUUUGCCAGCAUCGGAGAGAUGUUUACAGCAGCAAGUGCCAUUCAGGUUGGUUUUGUUUUAGAGAUACUUGGUGAACACUACGCGAAUUGAAAAGUGAUUUUGUUUUCCCCAGCCUUCGCGUGAGAUGCAGAACUCAGAGAACAGAGAUUUAUCGUUUUUUUACCAUUUUUUUCCAUUUUGUACCAUUUUUACCGUUUUUGAGAAAUAUUUUUGCAAACUAAGUCCAGUGCCAUACGAAGAAACAUUUCGUGAGGAUUGCAAACAUUCUUGGGCUGUUACUGCAUUAACUGAGCUGCGUUGUAAUGAUCAUGAAAGGUAAAGGACUCUUAGUUGGUCUCAGGUUGGCAAAAAAUAGAUGAGACCUACACAUCCUGAGACUUACUUAACCCCAUGAUGUCUCCCACGAGUGACCAAGACUGAAUUUCUCCCAACUGUAUCAAUACAAUACCAAGCAGUCCAGUCAUGAGAAUAAAGAAGAGUAUCAAUUUGGGGAUUAUUAGUUGAUCCAACGACGAAUUCUCAUAACUAACAUAAGAAUUUUAAGGCAGACAGUAAGGAGAAUUACUAAUGAGAUCUUGGGAGUUAAAGGCUGAAACAGUGUCGAUUUAAAUCUACUUCAUGUGUCCUUAAUUUAACCCAGGGAAUAGAGACACUUUCUAGUAAGCUUUUAGGUUUUUUAUUAUUUUAUUUUAUGUUUUUAUGCUAAUUACAAGUUAAUUCUUUUUCUUGCAGAACUGGUUUGCUUCAUCAGCCACACAAAUCGCCUUAGUUGGUCACUAUGUAGACUGGUACACUCCCCUGGGCCUGUAUGUCAGACAACCUUACUGCAAAAAGCCUGUUAGACACUCCAUAAAAACUAAUCUUCAGUGGUUGCUGCUAAAAGUGAAAGGGCUUCCUGAUAUUCCGCCCGACUCGCGGAAACAGCGCGGGGCCUUCCCGCCAAAUUUCGUUCAUUCCCUAGACUCCACGCACAUGAUGCUUACCGCGCUGUAUUGUCAGCGGUCUGGGUCGACUUUCGCGUCUGUGCAUGACAGCUUCUGGACCCAUGCGGCCAACGUGGGUGUCAUGAAUCGAGUAAGUUAAACGGAAUUGACAACCAAGCAGGGACCUUAUUUAGGGGAAUCCCAGAAUAUAAUUUUUGCCAGAAUAGUACUUUCGCAUCAUUCUCUGUUACAGCUAUAAAGUAUACUCAUUAAAUGCGCAUGUUAGAACUGCGUGAACAUGCGAGCAUGGAGCACCACAUGUCUUCGGAAUGGUAAUCUCAGGUCACAAAUGCUGCUCACAAAGGAUUAACAUUUUCUUAAGGUUACCCAGAUGAACGGGCUCUUUUAUUUGUUGGGUUGGAUUUGAAGGCAUUGCAAAACUCUCACUGCUCUCGACGAGGAGGAGUAAAUUUUAAUGAACUUAACUUUAAAUAGGGUUGUUUACUGUGCAUGCUAGUCCUAUGUAGUUCUUUUUGAGCAAGUUCUGUAAGUUCUAUUGUUCUGUUGUACCUGCAUUGGCUUCUUUUUUUUUAGGAGAUUUUACAUCGCGGAGGAGUUUAUCUAAAAAUGUUUGGAUACGUCGGUUUGUCAUCUGCUUUGUGACAAAGAAUGUACUCUAUUAAAAUUGUUGUAUAUUCUUAAUUUAGUUAAUUUAUUGGUAUUCAUAUUUGUUGGUUUUUUUUUUACUGACUGGCUCCCCUAGGGAAAGAUUGACUGGCUGACAAACAGACCGACUGAGCGAAAGAAUGACCGACCGAAUAACUGACUGACUGAUUGACUGCCAGAGGGAAAUAAUGACUGACUGAUGACUGAGUGAAUGAAUGACUGACUGACCAACCUAGUGAUUGAGUAGAAGAAUGACUGACUGCCUGUCGACUGACGGAGUGAAAGAAUGACUGGCUGACUGUCUGACCAACUAACUGAAUGAGUGAAAGAAUGAUCGGCUGACUGACUUACUGUAAGACUGGCUGACUAACUGACUGAGUGAAAGAUGACUGGCGGACAACCAGACUGAUUUAUUAAUAAACCGACAGAUUGAUUGAUUGAUUGACUGACUGAUAAUUGUUUUGCCUUUUUCAGAUUUGCCGCGAGCAGUUUGUCACACUCCACAGGGAACCCAUUCUUGAGGAACUUCAAAACCACUUCGAGAAGAAUUAUGCUAAUUUGAAGUAAGAUAAUUGUUUCUCGUUACGUCUCUUACUCUGCAGUAUCUUAUCAAUCCAAGGUUACAGCCUGAAGAACUGCGUUAACCCGUUGUGUUCGUGGCUGUCUUGUCGUUGCUUAGCUGAACAUGUAACAUUGAGACUAGACUACGAUUAUUCCCUUUUUUCGGCGAAGUCCAUCGCACGGGUCCAAAAAAUUCAGGGAAAAAGAUCGAUGUUUGCGCGUCGCGCAGAACUCUUUGUAUUAGACGCACUAACAUCAACUCUUUUUUGACUUCCGAAAAGGAAGGACUGUUCGCGGUUGGGACAGGAAUUUUUUUGGUUUAUUUUAUUUUGACGCUUAAUUAACAAGACACUUUUGUUACAGGCUUAAUCGUCCGUUGAAAUCGAAAAACUCGAAAGUGGAAAGAACGCGCGUAUCAUUUGAUGGACGACCUGAACUUGGUAAGUUUUUGAACGGCGUCACAGAAGUUAUCCUGAUACAAGUGCAAAUGAGCAUUCUGGAGAUGAUUUUUUUCUUAGUUUUAUUGUACACCAUCACGAUUCUUCAAUAAACUUUAACAUUGGCGAUUAUCAUCGCGACUCUUUUUCAAGAGAAGGUGUCUCUUUGGGCCACCCGCGCCUUUUUUUUUUUAACCUGGGGGGAGAGGAAGGGGGUUAUUUUUUCCUUACACUAAUUUUUUGUUUGUACCUCACCCUAUCCUUGCUCCUGCCGAAAAUUUUCUAAUGGCCUUACAGCUAGAGUGAUAUCAUUAAAAGAGAGCUUUUCUCUCUGCUUUAAAAAUGACUGAUCUAGUUGUAAUCCUUUUCUCUUUUUCACGAUCUUUCAGGUGAUUUUGACAUCAACGAAGUCCUGCACUCCACUUACUUUUUCUGUUGAUCAGCAAAAGAAUUGAAGGAUUCGAUCAAUCAAUGAGAUAAUGAAGAAUCAGUUUGUCUCAUGAAAGGAUCAGCCCUAUGUGGGUUUCGACACUUUAGGAUAUCACGUAACGAACGCAUUCGAAAGAGAAAGGCUUCGUCAUCAGUCUAUGUGAAGAAAACGCCAUCUCUUGGUCUACUGACGCUUAUUUAUGUUUGCUCUUGGGCACAGAAAAUGAACAAUAUCACCAUGGAAACCAUGAUAAUCCCUUUUCUCAAGUAAUUUUGCAUGGCCCAAGUACUUCAACGCGAAA